AUGAGUUUCAAAACAAAAGUUGCAAAACAUGUAAUAAAAAAUGUAUUUGGUAGUGGUUCCGUGAGUGAUCAACCCUCACAACGAAAUCAAAAUACGCCGGCUGAGACUACUAACGAUACUAUAUCUUCGCGUAAUGACACACAAUUGACGAUGCCUAGUGGUAAAGUAAAAAAAAAUAAAUGGAAUAUACCACCAAAUUUGACAAAACAAGAGGCCAAAGUCCUAACAAAAGUGAAAAAGAGAGCUCAUAUUUUGGAUAACGGGUUUUGCUUUUGUUGUUGUUUCAGGAUUGGCCUUGAUCCACUAAUAGGUUUAAUACCAGUGAUUGGAGAUUUCUUGGGUGUGUUUUUUGCCUUAAGUUUGGUGAAAAAAGCAAAGGAAGCUAAUUUACCUAGUAAUGUUGUUGCUCAAAUGCUCUUUAACGUAUUCAUUGAUUGGUUGCUGGGAUUGACUCCUUUUAUAGGGGAUUUUUUCGACUUCUUAUACAAGGCUAACACUCGUAAUGCUAUUAUUCUUGAAGAAUAUUUGGUUGAUCGAGCAAAAAAUAGAUCCGUAGUAAUGGAAGACGGAUCAGUUGAAGUUAUUAGGGCAUAA